UCAUUGAUGUGAGUACUUUGCGUGUGUGUUGUUGUCUUUCUCUCUCUAUCUCUUUUUGCUUUUGUGGGGUUGAUGAGUACGAGUGUGACAGAGUCACAGCGAUAGCGGCUUUAUUAUGUGAAGAAGAACCCGAUUCUCGUUGUACAUAAAAGGACUAAAUUCACUUUCUUCUUCUGCUAAUCUUUUUAGUACAAAUUUGCUUUUCACCUUCAGCUCUUUCUUCCCUUUUAAGUUCCUCGUAUACUCUACUAGCUCACUUUGCGCGAUUACACUGAGUAUGUCAGUACUGUUUAGAUUGCAAUGGAGGAAAUGAAAUAAUCCCGAAAUGAUUGAAGAAAAAGGGGCAAAAUUCAGUAUGGACAACAGUGAAAUGGGUUGUUUAAGGUCUGAUGGUAUUGAGGAGAUUCAUCCCGAUGUUUCUGUUCGGAAGCGAUUCAAGUUUCCGAAAAAGUUUUUUGAUGAGUGUAAUGGAGUAGAUCAUGCUUCUGUUCCUCGGAAAGUACGUUCAGCUAGCAAGAAGAGAAUUCGCCGGCUCAUCUCUCCACCUUUGUCAAUUUCCAAAAGGGCGAAUCACAUGUCAGAUGGAGCUGAAACACUAAGGAAAUAUGUCAGCAAGUCCAAGCUUAAUUUGAAUCGUUGUGGCUCAAGUCGGUGUAUGGAGGAGGAGCUUGAAGGCCCAAUCACCAAAGAUGAAGAGGAAGUGGCUGAAACCUUGUAUGCUUUGGCUGGUAUGAUCCCAGACACUGACACCUUGAGCGAAAGCAAAAUAAAUAGUCAGCUUCCGGAAGUGAAAUCAUUGGAUUUACCAGAACCUGAGACUUCUGUGAUUGCAAGUGGAGUUGUAACAGCAGAGCAGGACAUGAAGACAACUGGCUCCCAAUUCAGUGCUGAAGCUUUGGAUCAGUUUCCAGAUGUAGCUGCUUCUGCCGGAGAAGCUGCUAAAUCAAAAUCAUUUGAUAAUGCUUCCCAGUGUGAUACAUCUACCAACACAGAGCAACUCAAAAUUUCACAGCAACCAGUUGUUGCUUAUCAAGCCAACCAACAAAACAUACACAAGGAGAAGAGGAAUAAUGGUAUAGCCGGUUCAUCAUUGUGGCCAGGCUUGUCUGCAGUAGGGUCGUCUUGUUCCGGCAUACUUGAUUCUUCACAGUUUCCAAUUGCCAAAUGUCCUGUCUGGUUCAGAAGCACUGGUUCUGAACUUCAAGCUCAAAAUGCAGAAUCUUGUCUCCCAACCUUGAAGGAUUCUCAUGUUCCACUUGAUUUGAGGAAGUCAUUUAAGAGGUGUGCUGCUCAUGUUUAUAUAAGUCGGCUGACUAAAGUCUUACAGUCUGGGGUAAGAAGCGGCACCAUCUCCUCGCAUACUUCUCAGUCUUCAUCUCCUGAUGGAGUGAAGCAAGAGAUUCGUAUAAUUCAGAACAGCCCAACUGGAAAGGUGAAUGAUGAUAUGCAUGGAAUUGUUUCUACUGGGAGCACUGCCUCUACUGCUGAGAAAAAUCCAACUGAACUUAGAAAUGCAAUCCUUUUGCACAAAAGACUCCUCCAAGAUCAGCAACAGGCUUCUACUACAUCUGGGUUCAGUUCUUUAGCAAAGCAGAACGUCGAUUUCCUUUCAUUGUCAGCUGGAAGUUAUGUGAUAAAAGGCACUAAUGGCGCUAAUAUUACUGGUCAUAACCUUGAAGCGCCCAUAAGCUCACAUAAACAUCCAGCCCUGCAAUUCUGGCCGCCCCAGAAUGGUUAUUCAUCUGCACCUUUCCGUUACCAUCCUGCAACAGCAACAGCUCAACAGGUUCUGCUGCCUCCAUAUCUUGGAGGUGCAUCAAUUUGUCCGUCAAGAGAAGCUACUAUGGCCUUACCAAAACAAAUGUCACAGCAGAAUGAACUACAAAAACCCCAUUUCGCUGGUCAGUACAAGUUUGGAGUCACUGCCUCACAAAUGGGAGACUGGCUAAAUGCAGGGCGACAAAUGCCUAUCUUUGGACUUUCUCAAGCGCAAUUUGCAGCGCCUUCUUCCUCUGCGGAAGCACUUUCUUCCAAGUAUGCUCCACCCUUAUUGAAUGAGCAGGAGCUUAUGUCCACUUCUGCGUCACGAGCUACUUCAAGGAUGAGAGGACAAUAUUACAGUUUCCCUUCUGGCAUGGAAGGAAACGGACAUGGACUCUACCCCAAUAAUGUGCCUUCAUUGCAGCUUCUUUGCAAUGAUCGUCGUUGAUACUCAGAGCCAUGGCACCAUGUUCAAAGAUCAUAAUCGAUUUACUCUUUUCUUUGCUUAUGCAUGAGAGUAGGUGUUCAUUCUGUUAAUGAAUAUACCAAGAGAAGGAACAAAAAGAAGGGGAGGAUGUAGUAAAUUUCGUGUCCCUUACUAGAUGCUUUGGCUUCAUCAUAACAGCAUAUGUUAUAGAAGGCUACACUUUUUCUGUUUCAAUUUUAUUUAAUUAUAGAGCAACACAACUUUCGAAAUGGCUGUUGGUUUCCACCUAGAUGGAUUCGAUGGAAAGAAUAUGUGUCUGAGAUGGUUCGACUUGGAACAAACUACUACACAAGAAAAAGAAUGGCAAUGAAAAUAUUUUAUGCUGCUUUAAA